AUGAUAAAUUUGAUAAGGUGAAGGGCUCAAAAUAAGUUUUUGUCGACAAUAUUAAUCUAGUCUUUCUCACAGUCUUUCAUUAUCUCAAUCUCUAUGGCGUUAACCGGAGCCACAUCCAUCAAAGCAAUAGCUGAAUCAGGUGACUUCACCUCCUUCCCUUCCAACUACACCUUCACGAAUGAUCCCCAUAAUGAAGCUGAUCCAGAUCCAGAAGAAUCCAUUCCCAUUAUUGAUCUCUCCCUCCUCACCUCUGGCUCUGCUGAUCAACGCUCCAAGAUCAUCCAUGAUCUCGGCGAAGCUUGCCAAGAAUGGGGAGUUUUCAUGGUUAUAAAUCAUGGAGUUCCUGAGAGUCUAAUUGGGAAGAUGUUCGAUUGUUGUCAACAAUUUUUCGAUCUACCAGAAGAGGAAAAGAAGGAAUUUCAAGGGAAGCAUGUGCUGGACCCAAUAAGAUAUGGCACCAGCGUUGAUAACUUUUCCAAUGGUAAAGUUGUCUUCUGGAGAGAUUUCAUCAAAUUCUUUGUACACCCGGAGUUUUACUCACCCAAUAAACCUCCCAACUUCAGUGACAUUUCCAUGGAGUACAGCAAAGGAAUUCAUCAAGUGGUGAGGGAAUUGCUCAAAGGAGUAUCAGUGAGCCUAGGAUUGGAAGCAUCUUAUAUAGACAACGCCAUGAAUCUUGAAUCGGGGUUUCAACUCUUAGCUGCAAACCUCUACCCACCGUGUCCAAAGCCGGAGCUAGCAAUGGGCAUACCCUCUCACACCGAUCAUGGCCUCUUGACAAUUCUGAUACAAAAUGGCGUCGAUGGGCUGCAGGUGCUGCGCAAAGGGAAAUGGGUCAACGUGAAACCUGUUCCAAACUCUCUUGUGGUUAACACUGGCGAUCACAUUGAGAUUUUGAGUAAUGGGAAGUACAAGAGUGCUGUGCAUCGAGCAGUGAUAAAAAGUGAGGUUGCAAGGAUGUCUCUUGCGUUGGCAAAUGGGCCAUCGCUUGACACGGUUGUGACGCCUGCAAUAGAGCUGGUGGACGAGGAGAAUUCAGCAGGGUAUGUUGGGAUGAAGUAUAAGGAAUACCUCGAACUCCUAUAUAGCAAGCUUAGCGGUCAAUCCUGCUUAGACCAUGUAAGGGUUUCAAGCAAUCUGAAAUAGGUAUGCUGGGCAGCUGUGGCUGCACCAUGGGUGGGUGUCCGGUUUAUUUACUCUAAUAAACAAUUUUCGUGUUUGGUUAUAAGUUUCGAAAAUUUGUACUCAAUAAUCAUAAAAGGGACCAUAAGGGCGCUUUUUAGUUAUUGCAGUUGGAGGAGGGCUCAGUCUUUGUGGGUUCGCUUGGAUGCCUAGUUGAGCCAAGGAGAUGGAUCCUAUGAACUUGAUGGUCAGAUACGUAAAUAAAGAAAUUUGAUUUGA